CAUGGAGGCGCUGCCCCGCGCGGAGAAGCCCAACCCGCUGCAGGGCGCCAACCUCUGCUCGCGGCUCUUCUUCUGGUGGCUGAAUCCUUUAUUUAUUGCUGGUCAUAAACGGAAGCUUGAAGAAGAUGAUAUGUACAAAGUGCUGCCUGAAGAUUCGUCAGAAAGGCUUGGAGAGGAGUUGCAAUGGUACUGGGAAAAGGAGGUCCAAAAAGCAAAAAAAGCAGCAAGAACACCACAUUUAACCAAAGCAAUUAUACUGUGUUAUUGGAAAUCCUAUCUAGUCUUUGGGCUCUUCACGUUAAUUGAGGAAACCCUCAAGAUAAUACAGCCAAUAUUUUUGGGAAAAAUUAUUAAUUAUUUUGAAAAUUUUGAUCCCCUUGACACUGUUGCUUUGAAUUUUGCCUAUGGCUAUACAGCUGCUUUGUCUGUGUGUACACUCAUUCUAGCUAUAAUGCACCACUUGUACUUUUAUCAUGUGCAACGGGCUGGCAUGAAGUUGAGAGUAGCUAUGUGCCAUAUGAUUUAUCAGAAGGCACUUCGUCUCAGUAACUCAGCUAUGGCAAAAACUACCACUGGCCAAAUAGUAAAUCUUCUGUCAAAUGAUGUGAACAAAUUUGACCAAGUAACAAUUUUCUUACACUUUUUAUGGGCGGGACCACUUCAAGCCAUAGCAGUAACCGCGCUUCGCUGGAUUGAAAUAGGGCCAUCGUGCCUUGCAGGAAUGGCUGUUCUGAUUAUUCUUCUUCCUUUGCAAACCUGUAUUGGGAGGUGGUUUUCUUCAUUCAGGAGCAGAACGGCAGCCUUUACAGAUGUUAGGAUAAGGACCAUGAAUGAAGUCAUAACUGGUAUAAAGAUAAUAAAGAUGUAUGCCUGGGAAAAAGCAUUUGCAGAUCUUGUGAACACUAUAAGAAGGAAGGAAAUUUCCACGGUUCUUAAAAGCUCCUACCUUCGAGGACUGAACUUGGCAUCUUUCUUUGUUGCAAGCAAAAUAACAGUUUUUAUGACUUUCAUGACAUAUGUUCUACUUGGCAAUGUUAUCUCUGCAAGUCGGGUGUUUGUUGCAGUGUCACUGUAUGGUGCAGUAAGACUGACAGUAACUCUCUUCUUCCCUGCGGCUAUUGAGAGAGCAUCUGAAGCAGUAGUUAGCAUACGGCGAAUCAAGAACUUUCUGGUCCUUGAUGAGAUUUCAACUUUAAGGUCACAGCUGCAGAGUAACAAUGAGAGGAUUUUGCUUCAUGUUCAAGACUUGACUUGUUAUUGGGAUAAGAGUGUGGGAGUCCCAACACUUGCACAGCUUUCAUUUACUGUCAGACCAGGAGAAUUAUUGGCUGUGAUUGGCCCUGUAGGAGCUGGGAAAUCUUCUCUACUAAGUGCUGUACUCGGUGAAGUGCCUAAAGAUGAAGGUUUAAUAAAUGUUAGAGGAAGAAUUGCCUAUGUUUCUCAACAGCCCUGGGUUUUUUCUGGCACAGUGCGGAGUAACAUUCUAUUUGACAAAGAAUAUGUAAAAGAAAAAUAUGAGAAAGUUCUAAAAGUUUGUGCUCUCAAAAAAGAUAUGGAAUUAUUAGAAGAUGGGGACCUAACUAUUAUAGGGGAUCGUGGAGCUACACUAAGUGGGGGCCAGAAGUCCCGUGUAAAUCUUGCCAGAGCAGUGUAUCAAGAUGCAGAUAUCUACCUCCUGGAUGAUCCACUGAGUGCAGUAGAUGCAGAAGUUGGCAGGCACUUGUUUGAAAAGUGUAUUUGUCAAGCCUUGCACCAAAAGCUCCGUGUUUUAGUGACUCAUCAGUUGCAAUACCUCCAUGCUGUAAACCAGAUUCUAAUCCUAAAAGAUGGUAGAAUGGUGGGGAAAGGGACCUAUUCCGAGUUUCUGAAAUCUGGAAUCGACUUUGCUUCCCUUUUGAAAAAAAAUGGUGAAGAUGAGCAGUUGGCAGUCCCAGGGACCCCCAAAUUGAAGUCAUCAAGGAAUCGUGCUUUUUCACAGUCCUCAGUCUGGUCAGAGGAUUCCUCUGUGCAGUCGCAGAAAGAUGGAGCAAUAGAACAGUUGUGUACUGAACCUGUGCUGACUGCAGUGCCAGAAGAGAGCCGGUCAGAGGGAAAAAUAAACUUUAAAAUAUACAGGAAAUACUUUUCUGCUGGAGCAAACUAUUUUAUCAUUUUUAUACUACUGUUUUUAAAUGUGUUGGCACAGGUUGCUUAUGUGCUCCAGGAUUGGUGGCUUUCCUACUGGGCAAAUCAGCAAAAAAAUCUGAAUGUCACAACAAAUGGAAAUGGAGGAGUAAAUGAGACUGUGCAUCUAGAUCUAACCUUGUAUUUAGGCAUUUAUGCAGGUUUAACAGUGGUUACAAUACUGUUUGGCAUAAUAAGAAGUCUUUUGGUAUUUCAAGUUCUUGUUAAUGCUGGUCAGAUUUUGCACAACAAAAUGUUUCAGUCAAUUUUGAAAGCUCCAGUGUUGUUUUUCGACAGGAACCCUAUUGGGAGAAUCCUAAACCGUUUCUCCAAAGAUAUUGGCCAUCUGGAUGAUUUGCUUCCGUUAACAUUUUUGGACUUCAUGCAGACUCUCCUACAGAUUUUUGGUGUGGUGGGUGUGGCAGUAGCGGUGAUUCCUUGGAUACUCAUCCCUUUAGUUCCACUUUUUAUUCUUUUCAUUUUUCUCCGACGAUAUUUCUUAGCCACAUCGAGAGAUAUUAAACGCCUGGAAUCCACAACUCGAAGUCCAGUAUUUUCCCACCUGUCAUCCUCUCUCCAGGGACUUUGGACUAUUAGGGCUUUGAAGGCAGAGCAAAGGUUUCAAAAAUUAUUUGAUGCUCACCAAGAUCUUCACUCAGAGGCUUGGUUUCUAUUUUUAACAACCUCACGAUGGUUUGCUGUGCGUUUGGAUGCCAUCUGUGCCAUCUUUGUUAUAGUGGUUGCCUUCGGUUCCCUGCUUCUUGCAAAGACUCUGGAUGCAGGACAAGUUGGUUUGGCAUUGUCCUAUGCAAUCACUCUCAUGGGAAUGUUCCAGUGGGGUGUUAGACAAAGUGCUGAAGUUGAAAAUCUGAUGAUAUCAGUAGAAAGAGUAAUGGAAUACACCGAUCUUGAAAAAGAAGCUUCUUGGGAGUCCAGUAGGCGCCCACCACCUGAAUGGCCAGCUCAAGGGAUGAUUGCAUUUGAAAAUGUUAACUUCACUUACAGCUUAGAUGGACCUUUGGUGUUAAGGCACUUUUCUGCCUUAAUCAGAUCAAAAGAGAAGGUUGGAAUAGUGGGAAGAACAGGAGCUGGAAAGAGCUCUUUGAUAGCAGCCCUCUUUCGGCUGGCUGAACCUGAAGGAAGAAUUUGGAUUGAUAAGUACCUGACAACAGAACUGGGACUCCAUGACUUGCGGAAGAAAAUUUCAAUUAUACCUCAGGAGCCUGUUUUGUUCACGGGAACUAUGAGGAAGAACCUGGACCCUUUCAAUGAAUACACUGAUGCAGAGCUGUGGAAUGUCUUGGAAGAGGUGCAACUGAAGGAGGCUGUGGAAGAACUGCCUGAUAAAAUGGAGACACAAUUAGCAGAAUCUGGAUCUAAUUUCAGUGUUGGUCAGAGACAAUUGGUGUGCCUUGCCAGGGCAAUUCUCAAAAAAAAUCGAAUACUAAUUAUUGAUGAAGCAACAGCAAAUGUAGACCCAAGAACAGAUGGGUUGAUUCAAAAGACAAUUCGUGAAAAGUUUGCCCAGUGCACUGUGCUGACAAUUGCACACAGGUUGAACACAAUUAUUGACAGUGACAAGAUUAUGGUUUUGGAUGCAGGGAGACUGAAAGAAUACGAUGAUCCAUACAUUCUGUUACAAGAGAAAGAGAGCCUGUUUUACAAGAUGGUGCAACAAGUGGGCAAGGCAGAAGCUGCUGCUCUGAUUGAAACAGCGGAACGGGUCUACUUCAGCAAGAAUUACCCAGAAGUGAUUCAAAAUGGUCAAGUUGUUGCGGACUCUUCACCAGAUUCUUCCUCAGGAUUCAUCAUUUCUGAGACUGCACUGUGAUCCCAAUUAAACACAGUUAUUUUCUAUAUAUUUGCAAUCCUGAAACUAUAAAUCUGAAACAAGUAAACCCUAGGUGACUGGUGCUUAAAGGAGGUUGGUUUCUUGCACUGGACAUCUAUACCAUUUAUUAGUGAGAAAAUAUAUCAUGUCCUGGUUAUGUUAAUUUCAGUGCAAUAACUUUCUCUUUUUUUAAAUUUCUGUUUCUAAAGGAGUUACAGACACAGAUCCUCUUUGAAAGUUAAUCUAGAGACUUUUCUUAGGUGCAGGACACUUAACAAAACUAGGGUGCUUUCUGGAGGUUUUUAAGAACCUGGAGUUCCCUUAUAUCUUUUGGAAACAAGCAAAAACAUUGUUGAGUUUGCAUUAGAAUGUUAACUUUCCUACAGCAGUUUUGAUAAUCUAUAACUCAGUUGUCUAAGGCAGCAUUUUAUAUAUACAUAUAUAUUCUUACUUCAUAUUUUUACACAGCUGUGUGAAUAGGCAAAAACAAGAACUGAAAAAGCCAAAAGUACAUUUAAUAGAGGAAAUAAAUAUCCAUGUAUUGGCAUGUUAAAUUAAUUUGUUAAUUAAAUGUAACAAUGUGCAUACAUUGUCCAAAAAUGAAUGUAAAAAUUGCCAUUUUUCUUUCCUAAGAUCAAAAUGCAAAAGAAGCAACGUUAAUUUACUGGAUUAGAAAUGAAAAUGGUUACAUUUUGCGUAUUUGCACUACACAAAUAUUUAAAUAAUUAACUUGCAUUCCACUUUAUCCAGGUAAUCAAAGAGAAAAGUAUUAAAAUAACUUGAAACAUUUGAAAGACUAGUCAUAAGCAAAUAUUUUGUAAUAGAAAGUUAUCUUCAGCACAGCACAUUGAAAUGUAUACAUUAUUUGCAUUUAUUGUGCCUUAAUAUUUGUGCCUUCAAGCCAAAGCUCUAACUGCAGUUAAUGCAGCAAAUUGAUUCAAUAUAUUUUUUAAUGUUUAAAAUUAGUAUAUUUAAUUGUCUUGUAUCAGGGAUUAUACCUGUUUAAUUGAAGCUCUUGAAAUUGUCAUUUUGGUGCACAUGCAUAGAAGGGUAAAAACAACUAGACUUGUUGAAUGGCCCCUGCUAAUGUUUAAGAAGAACUGAAUGAAACAGAGAUCUGUUAUGCCCUGAUUCAGCAAGUUAUUUUAACACAUAGCACUAGUUGCAUGACUAAUAAAAAUAAGUGAGUGAAUUAUGUUCUUUGCUUUUCAAAGAGAUGCCUACAAUUUGAUAUUCAAUGCAGUCUAAGCCUAUUUGUCUUAUAGUUAGAGCGCACCUAUGCACGAGCACAGAGGCUGCUCAAAUGAGCUUUAGUUCAAGUACCCCCACUGCCAUUUUAAUUCUUGGA